AUGACUUCCGAUAUUAACACUACAGGCUUGCCUGCUACAAAAUCUACGGAAGCAGGCUACACCUUCACAACAGAUCAAGAUGACGUCCGCCUAAGUGAAAUGGGAUAUAGCUCUGAGUUAUAUCGCAAAUUCUCAUUACUCUCGAUAUUGUCUGUUGGGUUCAGUAUCUCCAACAGCUGGUGGGCUGUUACCGGAGCCCUUGUAACCGGUAUUAUGAAUGGUGGUGCAGCGAUAUACAUCUAUGGGACGAUCCUUGUUGCGCUGGUUCAUGUUGCUAUCGGGGCGAGUCUUGGAGAGCUAGCUAGUGCCUAUCCUAAUGCUGGCGGACAGUACUAUUGGGUAAUCAUGUUAGCGCCCGAAAGUUACAAACGAUUUUUGUCAUACUUCACAGGGGUUGUCUCCUGGGCUGGUGCAAUGAUCACUGGCGCAUCAGUUUCGUUGGUAGUUGGACAAGGUGUAGUCGGCAUAAUAAUUCUUUGUAGACCAGAGAUAACCUACCAUCCCUGGAUGGCUGUCAUCGGCUAUCAAAUGAUCAAUAUGCUCGUUUUCUUCCUCAAUUGCUAUUCUCGGAUACUCCCUAAUCUCAGCAAGGCGAGCUUCUAUAUAUCACUCUUCUCCUUCCUCGUAAUCACCCUAAGUAUCCUCAUAGCCUCUCCACAAAAGGCAUCUAUCGAUUCUGUUUUCCGUGGAUUCAGCAAUUUCUCCGGAUGGGAUUCUAACGCGAUCUGCUUCUUCACUGGUUUAUUGGGGGUAAACUGGGGGUUCUCUUGUUUGGACGCCUGUACGCAUAUGGCGGAGGAGCUUCCCAAGCCCGAUAGAAAUGUGCCGAAAGCAAUACUGGGUACAGUAGCAAUUGGGUUUGUGACCAGCUGGGUGUAUAGUAUUGCGAUAUUAUUUUCGAUACAGGAUCUUGACGCUAUCAUUGAAACUCCGACCUUUGUGCCCAAUUUAGAGCUCUUCAAGCAGGCUUUGAGGGGAAGUAUAGCUGGAACGAUUGCAUUAGAGAUUCUCGUUCUACUAACUGGUAUCGGAUGCUUAAUGAGCAUCCACACAUGGCAAUGCCGUUUGAUGUGGAGUUUUUCACGCGACAACGGCUUCCCCUUCUCCUCCCACCUUUCUCGUGUCGCUCCCGCCCCAUACAAUGUCCCCCUCUGGGCACACAUAUUCUCCACAUUUUGGAUAGCCGUCCUCGGAUUUCUAUAUCUCAUCUCCACCAGCGCUUUCGGAUCCCUCGUCACCGGCUGUAUAUUGAUGCAGUACGUAUCCUACACAAUACCGGUCGUACUUCUGAUGCUACAGAAUCGAAAGCUCUCAAAUCCGGGUCCAUUUCGGCUGGGAAGGUGGGGAUGGUUAGCGAACGGGAUACUGGUUGGGUGGGCGUUAUUUACGCUCGUAUUUUAUAGCUUUCCGUUUGUGAUACCUGUAACAGGUGGGAAUAUGAAUUAUGUUUCUGUGGUUAUGGCGAUUAUAUUUGCAGAAUUGAGGACAAUAUUACUGCUGCGAGAGGUUAAUUCAAUGAGAAUAAACCCUAGACAAGUAGAGUAA